CUUCCAUCUUUUACCAGUUUGUCAAAAAAAUCCCAACCAUUGAUAGGUUAGCUGUCAAAAACAACACAAUGUUAUAAAAAAAACUUAAACGGCAAUAAUUAUAAAUAAAUAAAUUAUUUAUUAAUUAUUAUUAUUGAUUGUUGGGUAUAAUAAUAAUAAUGACUUCUAAAUCAGAUGUUACACUUGAUCACUUUUAUGUUUUUAAUGGGAAUUACUCCAAAAAAGAAGGAGAUGAAGAAAAAAAAAUAUUUUAUUAUUAUCCAGAAAAAACUGAUGUCGACACAAAAAUCCGUAAUGUCGGAUUGAGCGAAGCAAUUAUUAAAUUUACUGAAUCGUUUAAUCCGGGACAAACAUGUGAUUAUUGCAAUAAUCACAAAACAAGACAGAUUUAUUAUCAGCCAGAGCCAGAUUUCUGGAUGAUUAUGAUUAUUGGAGUACCUUAUGUGGUGAAAAAUAAAGACGGGAUUGAUUAUACCGAGUAUCAGCAUGACGAAGUAUCAAGUUCAGUGUGUCAGGCUAUACUUAAGCAAGCUUAUAUGAGAUUUAGACUAUUUAUGGGAUCGUUUGAGACUAUUUUGAAUGAUCCUCAGUAUGGGUCAGUUACGUUACUCAAACAUAAAUUAGAUUAUUUUUAUACUGGGUAUUUACCAUCAUUAAAGCUGAAUCAUCGUGAUAUACUAGAUAUUUUUCAAGGACUACAAUUUUUACCGUUAGAUAAAAUAACAUUUUUAAAGGUCCAAUGUUUUAUGAACCUUAUUGAAGCGACAUUCCCUCAGAUAAAAUACACAGCAUUCCUAUAUAACGACCAAUUAGUAUGGAGCGGAUUAGAGCCAGAAGACAUGCAAGUUGUUUAUAAUUAUUUAAUAAGCAGUCUUUUGCCAGAGUAUCUAGAAAAAGAAUUUCACAGCGGGUCAAUGCCACGUAAUUCAGCUUCACCUUUCACAAGUUCUCAUUAUGGAAAAUUUGUCACUGGAGCAUCGAGCCUAAAUGAAUCAAUCGGUAUUACAAAAUCGCCAAAAGUCUUUAUAAAUUAUCCAAAUAAACCUACCUCAUUAUAUUUAGUAGUUUAUAGCGCGUUAAGUGCAACUCUCUGCCUAUUUGUCGACAGUACAAGUUUAUUAAUUGACUACUUAAAAAGUCUCGACGCAUUCUUGGGUCCUCAGUUGACAACUCUGGUGAACACUGUAGCAGAACAGUACUCCAAACACGUACCAGAUGUAUCCGACUCAGCUCCGAAGUACCUUUACUUCAACAGACUAAAUUUGGCAUACAAGAGUACGAUCCACCUGGACAACAGACGCUGCUCAAAUGUACUGACAACUCCAGAAGUAUUGAGAAUAAUCACAGAUAUUAAUAGUGAUUCAAACAGACUGAAGGAAGACGGUGAGACGAUUAUUAAAACUAUGAGUGACUAUUGGGUUGUUGGAAAAUUGUCUAACUUACGGGAAUUUUAUGUUGUGAUACAACAAAAAAAUGCAAAUAUUAUUGAAAUUGAUGAUGAAGUAAAACGACUGUGUGACAAGCAAUUAAAAAGUAUAUUUUUUCAUUAAUUAUAAAAAAUAAUUCCUAGAAUAAAAAUCUAUUAAUUCAA